CUUUCUGUUUCACUGUUCCGUUUUUGAAUCUUGCUAACUGUGGUUCACCCACAGCGGGCGUCCAAUCCGUUCAGCAUGAAUCCUAGCUUUUUCGCAAACACCGAACACCAAAUCACCCAACUUGAAAAUCGGGGCUCGAAUACCGAUGAUGCUCAGCCUCUUGAAAUCACCGAAAAAUCCUCCCAAAGGACAGUCCCUGGGCCAUCAAACUUACUACGGCCACCCGACGAGAGAGGCUACAAAGUGCGGUCACGACAUUCAUCCUUCAGCUUCAACACACACGCCGUGGUGCCCAGGUUGUAUCGCGUCCUUGACCAAAGCGAAACUAGAUGCUGCGCAGAACAAGUUGAUCACCGAAGGAGGCUUAAGUCCAGCGGAGCACAUGCGCGACCGACGAUGGAACCAAGCAAGGCUAAAACACGAGAUCGCGAAGCAACGACUAGAGAAGGCUAGGAAAGAGGGUCAGUUACGCUGGGAGCGAGAGCAAGCGUGGGAUGAGGCGCACCAGCCGUCGGACUCUCAGCGCGCAGAGACAGCAACCGGGCUCAAGAGCUCCACCGAAUGCCCUGUUUGCGCAUCCAUGGUGGCAUCAUACCCUACCAAAGUACCCGAGAUGGAGGUGGCCAAAGACGUGCCGUGGUGGGAGCAACCAUGUGGUCAUGCUGUGGAGGAUAUCGUUGUACCCAUAACUCUGCCAAGGUUGCACCACAACCACCAGCCGUGGCAACAUACGCGGAGGCCAGAAAGCUCACAGGCGCUACGCAAAAUCAUCCAGAACCUUCGAGUAUCUAUGCAUUCUGCAGAUAAUUACAGACGCACGUGGGAUAAUCGGUACAAGACUGAGUCUGCAGUACGUCGUAAACACAGCCUCGGCCAGGACAUUCAUUUUGAGCCUGACUUCUGGGACUCUCCGAUUUGUGGCCUGACAAGUCGUCGCGAUUUCCAGCACGUACUGGAGAACCAACGCAUGGCUGCGCGCCGUGCUCGAGGGAAUAUACCACGACCAAAGCUACCACGGAGCUCCUUGUCGCACACUGAGCUCUCCGAGCAGCUCCACGUCGAUGAGGACUGGAUAGAGGCAAUGAGAGAGAAGGAAGAGCUGGAAGAGCUGGAAAGAGAAGCGAGGAAAGUGGGAGAGGAGGUUGGCUAUCUAUAUUUUGUGGGCACGAUCGACGGCAUGGAAGAAUGGAAGGAGGACUACCUACAAAGCGACAGACAACUGGUGGUCCGGACACUUCAAUGAGCAAAAGACUAAGGUGAUCGAGGCAUGGACCCCCGACAUUAUGUCUUAUAGGAACGAAGCAACAGAAUAUUGAGUUGUAGACUAUGAUGGGGAGGGGGGAGGUCUCCCUUUGGGUUUGUG